GGUAGUUGUACAGACAUCCAGUAGCAAUCGUGCUAGUCCAGCAUGAAAAGGUUCGACAAGUGAAUCGGCGGUGGUGGCAUCGUCUCACUUUCGUCUGGGACUUGAACCUGGCAGGUAUGACUAGCACAAGUUCUGCCUAGCUCUAUGCCGCCUUCGGAAGUCAAUAUAUUGGCUGCGAGCUGGCUCUAUUGAGAUUGAUUACCGGCCUCAAAUCUGGUCAACAACACGGUUUCAGGAGGAAAUCCCGAAUAUCAAAAAAGUCUUCGAAAAUGAUGCUAGCGGUGAGUCGGAAGAAAGAUCUAGGAUGGUCGGACCUUUACUGCGAACAGCACGAAUUAACGUCACCUGUGUCAGACGUUCCCUCCCCACCGCCGCGAAAACGACCUCGCUGUAUUAUCUAUGGGACUAAGACACGUUUAGAGGGUCCUUCUCCGCCGCCGGCCCGAGAAAACCUGUUUAAUAGAGUGCCCGAUGAAAUACUAAAACAUAUCUUCAAUAACCUGUCAAAAAGAGACCUGCUUUCCUGCAUGAGCUUAUGUAGGCGCUUCUAUAGAGUUGGUUCAGAUCGGGACUUAUGGCACAGCGCAGACUAUUUUGGUCUCAAAUUUAUUGAUCACUCACUAAUUUAUGAAGUUCUUCGAGGUGCAAAAAUGUUACGAGCCGCAAACGCUUCCUCCAGGGUCCCCCUCCUAGAACCAAUUGUUCUUAAACCAUUAAGACUUCAAUAUGUCGAUCUCACAAAUACGGCCAUUUCAAAACCGUUGCUUAUUAGUCUUCUAAAUGCCAGUCAGGACCUUCGAAAGCUUUCCCUCGAAAGUCUGACGUUUUGCGACGACGACAUUUGUAGCUCCAUUGCCCGAAACCAUCGACUAGAUACCCUCAACCUAUGCAUGGUAACGGGCCUUACGGUGGAGGGAGUUACGCGGAUCAUGCAACACUGCCAACAAAUUGUAAGUCUGAAUGUAGCAUGGACGCCUAUGGAUUCCGAGUGUUUGAUGUCGCUAGUCCGUCUGCUUCCCAGAGGCUUAAAGGAGCUCAACAUAGCUGGAUGUGCUAACCGUUUUACCGAUGCCCAUCUAACAGAGCUUUGCAAACGAUGCCCAAAAUUAGAGAAGCUAUGCGUCGCCGACAACAGCAACCUGUCACCAAGUAGCUUAACUGAGAUCUUGUCAGUACUUUCGGAGCUGCGACAUUUGGAUUUAUCACGGUGUCAUCGACUUCAACCUGAGGACAUGUGGGCCCUUGAGAAUCUGCCCAAACUUGAGUUUCUCUCGUGUCACAGUUUCCCUGAUUGGAGAGAUUAUGAAAGAGACAUCAGGAAAGGAUUGUAUCGAGUGCUCGUAAAUGCUGGCCCAGAUCUCUCCAGUAUUGCACGGCCUCAGCCAAAUCAGCACAGGCAGGAUCGGAUUCUGUGGGGCGUACCAAUGAGAUAAAACAACCAGUCACAGGCAGGUUGAAAAUUUACAAGCGUAGAAAAAGAUGAUGGUUUCGACAAUAUAAAGCAUCUGUCAGACGAGAUCGAAGGCUUUUGCCUUUGAUAUGACUCUGCAAACACUCAGUUCUUGAACGAAACAUGUCUGACGUAUACUAGUCGGCUCUUGCCUUUGCACUCUAGAACGCACUAGCUAACGUGACAUACAUUAGCGAUAUGAUAAAAAAAAAAAAGAAAAAAGUAGAAAAAUUACACGAUCUAUUAUACAACAAUAUCAAGUUCCGACGCACCCGUUAAACCAAUUCUGCUUUAAGCAUGUUUUACAUACCUAAAAUAAAUUAAGCAGUAGUCGCGGCGUUUACGAAACAAUUAAAGAGUGGGACAGAAUAUCUGAAUUUUUAAAGAGCGAAAAGGCCUAUAAUGCUGUAUAACCGAUCGCUGUAUAGUGUCGCGGCAGAGGCCUAGAGCGGAUACAAAUCUAAGCUACCAUACGGCUGGUGUUAUUGGUGCGACACCGACAAUAUCGAGGCAGGUCUUAACCAUUUAGCGAAGUGACCGUUUGUCCCGAGGGUGAGUACGGUACUAACACCAAUGCCCCUUCUGUUGAUAGAAGCUAGUGUGAAAAAAGUCGCGUAACGCAUAGCGUUUUGGUAGUAUUUGACCUUGUAUAAAAUUGCGAGAUCAACGCGUUAUGGUCGUUGUGCUCCUCGCUCUGAAAAAAAGGUAGACACUAAUUUAGACUUACCUCGUAUUUCAUUUUAAAACAAGAAAACCUGUUGUUGAAUCAUGUUUGACUUUAAAAUGGCAACCAGAUUGCAGUUAAAACAUAUUUGACAAAAAAGACUGGGUUAAUCGUAAACAUAUUACUUAAGGAAAAAACAUGAGAUGUAAAUUGGAGUGUGGGGUAUCUUUUAAUCAAAUUCGACCAUUUAGUGGAACUGAAACUACACAUUUGUGAAAUUUCGCCGCAUUAUUAAUUUAUCCCGCUCAUAUGAAUCAGCGGGACCCCAAUUUUAGAAUAGGAAGUAAAAUAUUCUGUUUAUGCGUAGAUAAUCAGGUGAAAUCCUUAGCUUCUAGCGGCAUGACUAAGAAAUGGCUACAGUAGUGAUAUGUACAUAAAACUGCGGCAGAGCGUUAACAACAAAUUUUGCAAUGAACUUGCCGCAUAUUCAACCCCGAUUCUACUGAGGAAUCGGUUGUUAAUUGUCAGAAAAAAAAAACGAAGAAAAAUGCUUCCAAAACAAAAAUCUCGACGCUCAAAAAAGAGAUUUGCCAAUCUAGAUACUUUCCGCUAGACGCUUCUGCUUUGGAUGAUCUUCACAUCUUACCAUUUAGUCUUAAAUAAAAUACCAUCGAUGCUGUCGAUAGCCCCAUUUGAUACGUUGUAAGAAGGUAGUUAUCCUAAACGUGCACUAAAUAUAAAAAGGGCUUCCCUUAGGAACAUACCUUCUCGCAGCUCCUUGUUCGUACCAUUCAGUAUUUACGCCAGCCUAUUUCGCCUUGGCAUAUGGUGCGAUUAUUACUCUUGUUAUAUUACAUGAACACAUUGCGCCUAGUAUUAUCAGCGAAACGUCUUCGUGAUGAACAAGUGGGUAGUCUAAUAGUUACUUAAUAAUACGAUGAAUUCACCAGGUAGCACAAUUCCAAAUACACAAUAGCGCCCUUCCAUUUUAUUAAUGCUUAAAGAUUAAAUGCGACAUCGUAGAUAGACAAGGGUAUAUCCUAAAUGUAUUGCAUAGGUACAAUCGAAUCAAUUCAAGGCUGUCGGUAAGCGUUUCGAAAGAAGCGUGCUACUGGUCUAUAAAGUACGACUAAGCAAUGCGUGAACGCAGUUAACUUUAAACAAACCCAAAGUCAGCAUUAUAACCAGAUUUCAGCAACAGCAUUUGUGCAGCUAGCCAAAUAAGUGAAAAUGUAUAAUAGUAGAAAGCCAAUCGCCAAUGAAAAAGCACUACAUGUUACCAUUUUAUUUAGAAGCGAGAACUAAGUUGAGUUGUGUUUAGCAGCGUGAUUUCGGUUUGAAAGAGACUGACUUGUAAAUUUUACUUAGAAAUAUAGCACUAGGUAUGAGUGGAUGUGGAACGGCAAAUAUACUUCGAUCUGUUUUUUUUUUCAGAGAAGCUUUUCCGAUGCUAGAUGUACACAUGUAAAUAUAUAAAUAUAUCCGUAGGACAUUUGUACGACUUGUGACCCUAGGUCGCUGGAACACCAAGGCAGCGUUUACAAGCAUGGCCAUAGUUGGAUGAUGUAGUUGUUCGACGUUUAAUAAAGCCCCACAAUCUGUA